AUGGGGGAGUUCAAACGACUUAGAUGUAGCUGGUUGCUACUUGGCGCUGUUCUCGUGGGAGUAACUGCGCAGAAGAGCCGAGUAGAAGAUACAAAUUUGCAAGCCGUACCAAGUGACUUGCGAAGAGCGGUUAGUGAGGCUUUGGCCUUGGAAAGGAGGUUUCAACUAGGAGCUAAUGAUGCGCAAAACUGCACGUCGGACGAGGAGGGAAUUAGCAAUACCCCGUGUCCCCCAAGCAAAUACCGCAGUGCAAGCGGGGAAUGCAACAACGUUCGCCACAGACCUUGGGGCCGAAGAGGGGAUGUAUUCCUGAGACUGCUGCCCCCAAACUACGCCGAUGGUGCGUCUCAGCCUCUCUCGCCGCCUUAUAUGCCCGAGCCAGCGCUUGCCGUGCAAGCUGCUGCCCAGCUUACGGAGCCAGCCGAACACGACUACGUCACAAGCCUUCUAUCUGCCUGGGGACAGUUCCUUAUGGACGAUCUGAUAGCGACCGCUAACGGAAACAAGAAAUGUGAUUCAUCUCAUUGCGAAUAUGUUCGUUCUGCGCCAACGAGGAAUCUCGACUCUUGCGGCUUUGAGUAUCGUGAGCAAAUGAACCUGGCAACCUCUGUCCUCGACGGUUCCGCAUUGUACGGCAGCUCAGAGAAGGAACUUCGAUCGUUGCGACUCUACGAUGCAGGCAAGCUUGACAUUACUUCUUGCCGCAAAUGCAACGAUAAUACACCAACUGCUCCUCUGUACAAAGCCCUGCUGUUUGAGCACAACCGAAUUGCGGGCGAACUUUACUCCAUGAACCCCUUCUGGGAUGACGUCGCCCUGUUCCUGGAGGCCAGAAGGGCCAUAGCAGCCUUAAUACAACACAUAACGUACAACGAGUUCUUGCCGGUGCUGUUGGGAGAAGUGGGAAUGGCCAAAGCAGAAUUGAAACUGACAUCAUUAGGUUUCUGGCGCGGUUACUCCAGCACCAACCGGGCUGGUGCUUACGCGGAACUUAUAGCCGUCGCACCCAUAUUUAGUGCAAUGAUGCAUGAAAAAUUGAUUAACGAAACGAUAAGUAUCAUGGACUUGGUAAAGACUGGCUCAUACCAGGUCUCCAGAUUCCCACCUUCGACGCAAUGGGAUCUGAACCGAUCACGCGACCACGGUGUGGCGUCUUACUUGAGAGCUCUGCGCCUUUGCGAACCGAUGAUGAACAUCAAAUCCUAUGCAGACUUCGAAAUACUGGGAUUCAACAGGGCCCAACGGGAAAUGAUGGCCGACAUGUACAGGAAUGCUGAAGACGUUGAACUAAUGAUCGCUGGGGCUAUGGAGAAGCCUGCUUCCGGCGCGGUUAUCGGCUCAACAUUGGCAUGCGUCCUGGCGCUCCAAUUCGCAAAUCUAAAAAAGAGUGAUAGGUUUUGGUACGAAAAUGACAUCCCACCGUCAUCGUUCUCUUCGGAACAGCUCAGUGCCAUCAGGAAGGUAUCGCUCGCUGGUCUUUUGUGUGCCUCGACGGAGAACUUAGGCAACAUUCAACCAAAGGCCUUCGUUAAGGAGGACCCGUAUUUAAACGCCGCACAGCAUUGUUCCCAGCACAAUCGUCUGGAACUCAACGCGUGGAGAGAUGAGACUGGAGCAAAGGCAGCUGAAAGGCUGUCACAAGACAUGCUUACUGCUGCACUUGAAAAGGCUAAGCAAGAAAUGGCUGACAGAAAGAAACUUGAAUACAUGCUUUGGGAAGCACGUGGUGGGGCCGAUCCUAAAUCUCCAGUUGGAACAGCCGCUUCGUUUUCGAAAGCGAACAAAUACGCUUUGAAACUCGCCAACACAUCUCUCUUCUUUGAAUUCGCUACAAACGAGCUUUUGAACAACGUUAAUACUGGGCAUCGUCGUAAACGUCAGAUCUUUGACGAUUCAUUGAGUUUUGCUGCAAACGACUUCGUCGACUCCCUUCAGUCUGUGGACGUAAGCAGUUUUAUUGGACAAGACCAGCAGGGCCCCACCAUAGAACCCCAGUGCGACGAUGGGGGCAGUUGUGCCGCGAACAAUCCCUUCAGGACCUACACGGGAUAUUGCAACAACUUGAGGAACCCCAAUUUGGGGAAGAGUUUAACCACUUUUGCCAGAUUACUGCCACCGGUCUACGAAGACGGCGUAAGCAGGCCACGUAUCAACUCGGUGACUGGCACACCCCUCCCCUCACCGCGAGUGGUCUCCACAGUAAUCCACCCCGACAUCUCCAAUCUGCACACGCGAUACACUCUUAUGGUGAUGCAGUUUGCUCAAAUCGUCGACCACGAGCUCACUAUGACCCCUAUUCAUAAAGGUUUCCACGAAUCCAUUCCGGAUUGCCGAUCCUGUGAUUCACCGCGCACAGUUCACCCCGAAUGUAAUCCUUUCCCUGUGCCAAGAGGUGACCACUACUAUCCCGAAGUCAACAUUACAUCUGGCGAGCGGCUUUGCUUCCCGUUCAUGAGAAGUUUGCCUGGACAGCAGCAUUUAGGACCCCGUGAACAAGUUAACCAGAACACGGCGUUCAUCGAUGGAUCAGUCAUCUAUGGAGAGAAUCCGUGCAUAGUUCGCAAGCUGCGCGGUUUGAACGGGCGGCUCAACGCCACCGCCCAUCCGCUCAACGGCCGCGACUUGCUGCCUCGCUCCGACAACCACCCUGAGUGCAAAGCGCCCAGCGGAUUUUGUUUCAUUGCUGGUGACGGCAGAGCUUCGGAGCAGCCCGGCCUGACUGCUAUCCACACGAUCCUGCUCCGCGAACACAACCGGCUGGUGGAGGGGUUGCGCGGCGUCAACCCGCAUUGGGACUCUGAGCUGCUUUUCGAGCACACGCGGCGCAUCCUCACCGCUGAAUUCACGCACAUAAUCUACAACGAGUUCCUCCCCAGGCUCCUGUCGUGGAACGCCGUCAAUCUCUACGGCCUGAAGCUAUUGCCACAAGGCUAUUACAAGGAGUACUCGCCGACCUGCAAUCCGGCGAUUGUGACAGAGUUCGCAGCUGCCGCGUUCCGCUUCGGACACUCGCUACUGCGGCCACACCUGCCACGGCUAUCUCCCAACUUCCAGCCAGUAGAGCCACCAAUCCUGCUGCGAGACGGCUUCUUCAAGCCCGAUAUGUUUAUGAGCCAUCCGCAAUUGGUGGACGAAUUGAUGCGCGGUUUAGCCUCGACGCCUAUGGAGACCUUAGAUCAGUUCAUCACCGGCGAAGUUACAAAUCACCUGUUCGAAGAUCGCAGGAUACCGUUCUCCGGAAUCGACCUGAUUGCGCUCAACAUCCAGAGAGCGAGAGAUCACGGUAUACCGAGCUACAACAACUACAGAGCUCUUUGCAACUUAAAGAGGGCCACGACUUUCGACGACUUGGCGAGGGAGAUACCCGACGAAGUGAUUGCCAGAUUAAAGAGGAUCUAUCCGACGGUGGACGAUAUCGAUCUUUUCCCCGGCGGUAUGAGCGAGCGACCUUUGCAGGGCGGCCUCGUGGGGCCAACUUUCGCUUGCAUCAUUGCCAUCCAGUUCAGGCAGCUGAGGAAGUGCGAUCGCUUCUGGUACGAGAAUGACAACCAAGCGGCGAGGUUCACGGAGCAGCAAUUGGCAGAAAUUCGCAAGGUUACGUUGUCUAAGAUGCUUUGUGAUAACUUCGACGUGCAGAGCGACAUCCAACGGGCGUCUUUCGAUUUGCCGAGCAACUUCCUAAACCCACGCGUGCCUUGCUCGUCGCUACCGAAAUUGGAUCUGUCAGCGUGGCGGGAAAGUUCUGCGCAGGGUUGCCUAAUUGCCGGCCGCUCUGUUGCCGUUGGAGAGUCCGCAUUCCCGUCUCCGUGCACGUCGUGCAUCUGCUCAAUUGAGGGGGCCCAGUGUGCGUCCCUGCGUAUAACGGAUUGUGCACAACUACUGCGCGAGUGGCCGCGCGAGGCGAUUCUUCGCGACGACGUGUGCACCGCGCAGUGCGGCGCUGCCGCUCCGCCCGCGUCGAACCCGCCGCGCCGCCAACCAAUCAACUUCAAGUUCCCUGACUUGUCGCCGUUCAUCGCCAAAUUGUCUGUGCUCAUCCAAAAGCAAUUCUCUGCGGGCUCUGGCUGGAGCUACUUUGUGCCGCUGAACGUACCGAGUGCGGGCGCGCGUCUCAAUUGGCGGCGCGCUCCUUGUAGCCGUUGGCGAGAGGCGCGGCCUCUCGCUGGGGCUACUCUGUGCCGCUGUACGUACCGAGUGCGGGCGCGCGUCAGUUGGCGGAAAGCUCCUUGUAGCUGUUUGGAAUGGCGUGGCCUCUGGCUGAGGCUACUCUGUGCCGCUGUAUAUCGAGUGUUGGCGCGCGUCAGUUGGCGGCGCGCUCCUUGUAGCCGUUGGCGAGGGACGCAGCCUCUGGCUGGGGCUACUCUGUGCCGCUGUACGUACCGAGUGCGGGCGCGCGUGUCAGUUGGCGGCAAGCUCCUUGUAGCUGUUUGGAAUGGCGUGGCCUCUGGC